AUGAGUUCCCGACGCCAGAUGAAAGGGCUUAAGCGCGCUACGCAGAGCGCCGCCAUUUUAAAACUGCGCGAGCCCCACGCCGCCGACAACAAUAUCAAGAUGGCGCCGGCGACAGCAGCUGGCGUGACGUCAACGACACAAAGACAAAAGAGCGGCGCGGCGAGGCAGUCGAGGCAGAGACUCCCGCCGCUCCCGUUAAACGACGCGAAGAAAAUUAUUCCGCCCAAGGGCGGGCUGAAGGUUAAGGAGCUGAAGACGUACCAAGCGGCACACGCUAUCGUGGAAGCGUGUGGUCGAAAAUUCGGAGAAGACAAGUUCCUGGAGAGACUCCGGCCAGGUUCCAACAUCAUCAUCGCAAGUUCCUCGGAUGAGGAAGCAGCCGGGAUGAUCAGGAAGAUCAACUGCCUCAACUUUGACGGGCAAAAUCACGACGUGAACGCCUACGUGGCGCUACUGGAAGACAUCAAAAGAGCCGUUAUUCACGGGAUACCCCCAGGAAUCGCGGUGGACCAACUCGAAUCCAAGUUGCCCCUACGCACGCAAGGAGUGGAUAUCUUGAGCGCCAGAAUGCUGGGCAAGUCGGAGACUGCACUCGUCAACUUUAACGGCCCUUUCAUCCCAAAAUACGUCAUUUUUGGGGCAUGCGAGUACAAGACCCACCCCUACAGACCAACGGGACAAGUAUGCUUCGUAUGCGGUGAGCAAGGACACUGUUCGGACGUGUGCCCAACGCCGGGAACGAGAAUCUGCCGCCAGUGCGGAGCUACUAGCACCCCCAGAGGGGCACCAAUGCCAACCCAAGUGCCUGGUAUGCGUAGGAGCCCACCUAACCGGAACCAGGGACUGCCAACGGCGCCUCAAGGACACCAAGGAGCUCCGCGGCCGCCAAGAAACGCAUCAGCAGCAGCAACAACGCCAAGGCCGGAGCCGCAGCCGCAGGCGCCGACCCAGAUGGCUGAGUUCGGAGGGCGAUCAAGCCAGCCGGAGCCGCUCGAGGAGCCGAACCAGGAGCCAGUCGAGGAGCCAGACGAGAGACCCAGCCAGGGACAGCUCCUUCCGGCCACUGCAGCCUCCGCCCACGAGGGGGCAGCAGCAAAACAAGGGACGACAACAACAAUAACAGACUAA